AUGGGCUCCGUGCUGCUCCCCCACCUGCCCUCGGGCUGGCAUGUCGACCAAGCGAUCCUCUCAGAGGAAGAACGCGUCGUCGUUAUCCGCUUCGGCCGCGAUCAUGAUCCCGACUGCAUGCGCCAGGAUGAGGCUCUUUUCAAGAUAGCCGAGCGCGUGAAGAACUUUGCCGUCAUUUACCUCUGCGAUAUUGACCAGGUCCCCGACUUCAACGCCAUGUACGAGCUCUACGACCCGUGCUCCAUCAUGUUCUUCUUCCGCAACAAGCACAUCAUGUGCGACUUCGGUACCGGUAACAACAACAAGCUUAACUGGGUGCUCGAGGACAAGCAGGAGCUCAUCGACAUCGUCGAGACGGUCUACCGAGGCGCCAAGAAAGGCCGCGGUCUAGUCGUCAGUCCCAAGGACUACAGCACGAGACAUAAGUACUGA